AUGUGGCUUAGCAUCGAGGCGCCAGCCCAAGCUUCACUUGGAAGUUCCCGACGUGCGCAGAUCCACACCACGCCCUCGACCAACCCCAGUCUUUCAGGAUUAGGGGCAAGUGCUGUGAUGGCGCAGAGUCUGGAGUCUCGGCCAACUGUGGUGGAUUUCCGCGAGGACAACCCUUGGGUGAAGCUAGCCCAGGCGCACUGGUCGGACGCAAAGAAGGUGCGCAAGGUCAAGCCCGAGGUGAUCAAACAGCAAUUAUGGGAUCCGUUGGAAGCGGAGGGCUUUACCAAUCGCUCGCUCUUGAUAUUGGAGAACUUGAAUGUCCUGGAAAAAUUCCUAUGGCCGACGUACACCGAAGAUGCCUCGAAUCAUCACGUUCUCUUGAUUUCCUUGGUUGUCAGCGUCAAGUAUCGCGAACAUCUUCCGAUAUGGGACAUUUUCUCUGAUCGCGCCGAUGAUUUCUCGAGCCUAUUCCAUCGAAUCCUGUCCAUGAGCAUUGACCCCUCACUGCCUACCCAGUCUCGCAUGUCAAUUGUCUCAUUUAUAAUCGGUGCCUUCCAAUCUCUCGAAAACGUCCUGAUCCGAAAAGAAUGCGCCCCGCUCAUUUCAAUCUCGAUAUGGCACAAUCUAGCCAGCGAUGAGGCCAGGGAGCACGUAAUCUCCAAGUCGCCAACAUUGAAGAAGGCUUGGAGGGCCGCGGGUAAGCGAUACGACGCGGGAGACGAUGCUGUCAAGGCCAGGAUGCGGUUCGAGCGGUCAUGGCUGUAUACCAUGCUGCUUGUUUUCUUGCAGAAGCUGAGCGGACCCGAGAAGGAGCAAGCAGAGAACUUGCUCUACUGCGAGCGCUUCAUGGAAUUGCUGGUCGACCUUCUAAGCCAGUUGCCGACUCGGCGGUACGUGAACACGCUACUGAAGGACUUGAACCUCUUGCCCGUCAUUCGCUUGUCGCAGCUCUACCGCAUUCCUGAAAAUACGCUUUUCCGUGACCUUUACAAUCUUCUCAAACAUUUCAUUUACUUUGCAAUUGAUGAUUAUUCUGGCGAAGCACUUUCCCCCCAGGCAGUUUAUGAUCUGCACUGCCAGGAGCUGGCGCGACUGCAAAGAACUGCCAUGAAAUUCUUCAAGGAGAAGCUGAUGAUUCUUGCUCUCUCAAAUUUGGGCGCGAUUGAACAGCGAUCCGAGUUGGAAGGUCAGCUGUCCUCUUUAGACGAGUCAGAGCUCCAGCAGCUAUGCUCGCAUCUAGGGUUCCGCACAAGCUAUCCCAAGUCAUCAAACAUCACUCCCGGUAGGCAGCUCUACCUGGAAGCCCUAUCUUCCUUCUAUGAGCGCAAGUCUUCUUUCCAAGAAGUGGCCGCUCAGCUAAGCGUCAUCCCCACGGAAGACAGCCUCUACGACCCCGCCUUAUUGAGAAGUGAGUCCUAUGACGGAUCGAGACCCCUCGCAAUUCCAAAAUUGAACCUCCAAUAUUUGAGCAUCGGGGAUUUCCUUUGGCGCUCAUUCCUUCUCUACCGGUCGGAGGCCUUCUUCCAGGUUCGCAAGGAUAUGGAAUCGGUUAUCAAGCGCAUGCAGCCCAAAGCAACCCGAGAUGGAAAUGUGAAAUUCGACGGUUUCUCUCGAAUGGCUAUUCCGAUCUCCAAACCUGCCAUCGUUGAAGUUGCCCCGGCUAAGGUUGGCUCUCCCAACCCUGCCUUCGUUCGGGCUGAGAUCGCAAUCGAGGUUGGACGCCUCGCAGAUAACGUCCGCAAAGAAUGGGAUGCUCUUCGCCCUGACGAUGUGAUUUAUCUGUUAGCCGUUCAGACCCCCUCUCCUGCACAGAUGGGAAUCCGGGACCAAAUUCCAGAUACUCCGUGCAUGACCUACCUUCGCACAGCGGAGGUCGUACAGGUUCUCGAUGAGCAGGGCCGUCCAUUGCGCCAGCCAACUGCUGGUCAGACAAAUGGAUAUAAUUCUCGCCCGAGAGUACGGAAGCUGCUUGUCAAUCUGGAUGCUGCCGCAUUCAAGGCCGACAAGGAUCGUCAAGUGCACGGCAAGCCUGACAUCUACCCUCUAAUCAACGUCGUUGCACGGAGGAAGGCUAGGGAGAAUAAUUUCAAGUCGAUUCUUGAAACCAUGCAGAAACUCAUUGUUUCAGACAUGACUCUUCCAUCUUGGCUCCAGGAUGUUUUCCUCGGAUACGGGGACCCUGGGGGAGCGCAAUACUCGCAACUGCCAAACAAACUCCAAUCCGUGGAUUUCCUAGAUACCUUCCUGGACUGGCCUCAUCUCGUUGAGAGCUUCCCUGGCAGGACCAUUGAGCCAUCUGGAACCGAAACAUCCAGUUUCGGUCCUCCCUACGUUCUCGAGUGGGUUGAGAGCGAGGCAAGUGCCGCUUCUACUGCUCCUCAGAAGAAGCGCCGCCGAGAGCAAGCCGAACAGACCGAGCAAGAACCCACCACCAUGCGGGUGUCCACGUAUAAGCCGCCUAAUCCAGGUCCUUACCCUGUUGAUGCACCCAAGCUCAAUAAGGUCCGCUUUACGCCUGCUCAAGUAGAAGCAAUUGCAUCCGGUACACAGCCAGGUCUUACAGUGAUCGUGGGACCUCCCGGAACCGGCAAGACCGAUGUUGCAACCCAAAUCAUCAACAACCUUUACCAUAACUUCCCCAAUGAGCGCACCCUCCUCAUCGCCCACAGCAAUCAAGCGCUUAACCAGCUCUUCCAGAAGAUCACUGUGCUAGACAUCGAUGAACGCCAUCUGCUUCGUCUAGGCCACGGCGAGGAAGAGUUAGAUACGGACUCUAACUAUAGCAAGUCUGGCCGGGUCGAAUCAUUCCUGGACAACCGUAACCAUUACCUUUCGGAAGUCAUGCGUCUUGCAGCAUCGAUUCAGGCCGAAGGUGCCCAUGGUAACUCUUGCGAGACGGCGGGCUACUUCAACACCGUCCAUGUUCAACCGGCGUGGGCGAAAUUUUGGGAUCAUGCCCGUGUUGAAGAGGUCUCAAAUGAGGGCAUUAUAUCCUCGUUCCCCUUCCAUGCGUUUUUCUCGGAUGCUCCCCAACCCCUGUUUGCCGAAGGAGCUUCUAAGGAAGCUAUUUUGGACGUUGCCUCGGGUUGCCAGAGGCAUAUUGAGCGAAUCUUCUCUGAGCUUGAGGAUAUUCGACCAUUUGAGAUUCUGCGCCAGCCACGAGACAAGGCUAACUACCUGCUGAUCAAGGAAGCGCGAAUCAUUGCGAUGACCUCGACGCAUGCGGCAAUGCGCAGACAGGAGAUCGCGGAUUUGGGCUUCCACUACGACAACGUGGUUAUGGAAGAAGCCGCGCAGAUCACUGAAAUAGAGAGCUUCGUUCCUACUGCUCUUCAGAACAUGAAGAAUGGCGAGCUUCCACUCAAGCGAGUUGUGCUUUGUGGAGACCACUUCCAAAACUCCCCCAUCAUCCAGAACAUUGCUUUCCGUCAAUAUGCACACUUCGAGCAGAGUCUUUUCCUGCGAUUGGCGCGACUAGGAGUUCCGGUGAUCACAUUGGACAAGCAAGGGCGUUCCAGGCCAGGCAUCGCCGAGCUGUUCCGGUGGCGCUACCAUGAGCUGGGAGAUCUCGCAGCCGUGGAGACCGUGGAGGAAUUCAAUCAAGCCAAUGCUGGAUUCCAAUUCGACUACCAGUUUAUCAAUGUUCCUGAUUAUCAGGGUACCGGUGAGCGCGAGCCAACACCACACUUCAUUCAGAACUUGGGUGAGGCAGAGUAUGCUGUGGCGCUUUACCAAUAUAUGCGCCUUUUGGGAUACCCGGCCGGGAAAAUCUCGAUCUUGGCGACGUAUGCUGGUCAGACGGCUUUGAUUCGUGAUGUGUUGAGCCACCGUUGCGCGAAGAACCCCUUGUUCGGGAUGCCUAAGAUUGUAACGACCGUGGAUAGAUACCAAGGAGAGCAGAAUGACUACGUGAUUCUCUCUUUGACUCGCACUCGCACUGUGGGCUACCUUCGUGACGUCCGCCGUCUUACCGUCGCAUUAUCCCGCGCCCGCCUGGGUCUGUACAUCCUUGGUCGUCGUGAAGUCUUCGAGUCGUGCUAUGAACUUAAGCCCGCAUUCGACCGCCUCUUGCAGCGUCCGGAUAAGCUGAUGCUUGCACCGGGCGAGAUGUUCCCUGCCACCCGAGCGCUGGACGCUCCGGUCGAGGGCACCCCUAUGGAAAGCGUUGAGCAUCUUGGCCAAUAUGUCUUUGAGAUGACCCAGGCCAAGGUCAAGGCUAUGGGUGAUGGUGAGAUGGCUGUCGAUGGCUCCACAGCAAAUGGCGAAGAACUACCUCCUGACGAAGACGAGGAGAUGCUUGGUGUUGAUGAGGAUCAGGAUGAAAAUAUUGUAUGA